AUGACCUUUGCAGGAACUGACCGGGCAUAUACUGUAAGUAAAUUCAAUAUGACCGUUGCAAGAACUGGCCGGGCAUACACUGUACGUAAGUUCAAUAUGACCGUUGCAAGAACUGGUCGGGUAUACACUGCAAUUAAAUCUAAUAGUACCGAUCCAGGAACUGACCGGGCAUACACUUUAAGUAAAUUCGAUAUGGCCUCUGAAGGAAAUGACCGGGCAUACACUAUAAUUAAAUUCAAUACGACCGAUCCAGGAACUGGCCGGGCAUACACUAUGUACAGAGGUCUUACAACGUUAUCAACCAGACAGACACAGGGAAUCUUAAAGAGAUUAUAA